CUACAAGGUAUAUACAAGUACAUUACAUUGAUAAGUAAUAUUCGAUUUCCUUGGUUAAUUUAAAAUGGUUAUUACUAUUUCUAGCUCCAAACCUUUCAGUAACACUUCUAGCAAUAUGAUUGCAUCUAAACCCAAAUUGUUAUAUCAAAAGACCUCGGAAACCUUAUUUUAUUUAAUAAGAAAUCAAGUUUUGUCUCUUUCAAAUGUUGCUGCACCAAAAUUUGAGAAUAGUUUAAAACUUCCGUCUCUGCCAGUUCCAAUAUUGAGUCAGUCCAUCGAAAAAUACAUUAAGACAGUAACUCCAUUUCUGAGUGAAGCUGAAUUAAACAACACGAAGAAAAUAUUAAAAGAAUUCAGUUCUGAAAAUGGUAUUGGAACGAAACUGCAAAAACUCCUCGUCCAGAAGGCACAAAACAGCGAAAAUUGGUUGGCUGACUGGUGGUUGAACAACGCUUAUUUGGGAUACCGUGAUCCAGUCGUUAUAUACUCAAGUCCAGGGUUAGUUUUUCCGUUUGAGGAUUUCAUAAAUGAGACGGAUAGAUUAACGUAUACAGCUCAAUUAAUUUUGGCUGCAGUGGAAUACAAGAAAGCUAUAUACAGCGAUAAAAUACCUGUAGACAAAAUGGGUAAGGAGCCUUUGGAUAUGAACCAGUAUAAACAAAUUUUUGGGACUUGUCGCAUCCCUGGACAGAAAUUGGAUGGUUUAGAGUAUAAUUCAGACUCCAGACAUAUAGUUAUAGUUAAAAAUAAUAACUUUUUUAAACUAGAAGUUAUAAACCGUAAUGGAGAAGUGCCUAGCCUUAGCCAGUUGAUAAACCACUUGGAGAUGAUUUUGCUGGAGUCUGCUGAGGUUGGACCACCUAUUGGUGUUCUUUCUACAGAAAAUAGAGACAACUGGAAUAAGGCUUAUACAGAACUUAUUAAAGAUCCAGUGAAUAAAAAAUCUGUGGACGAAAUCCAGAAAUCAUUAUUUUUGGUAGCGCUAGACAAUCCGAUGCCUGAACUUAAUGACAGCCGCAUGUCCAUGGCUAGCAAGCAGUUUAUUCACGGUGGCGGUAGUAGAGGUAAUUCGGCGAACCGUUGGUUUGAUAAAACCGUCCAAUUCAUUAUUGGUCAAGACGGUACAGUAGGUUUAACUUACGAGCAUUCGCCUAGCGAAGGUCAGCCCAUCGCGGUAAUGACCGACUAUUUGGUGGAUUACAUUAAAAAUAAUGCCUCUUCGGGUCUGGAAGAUAUCAAAUUGGAACAUUGGCCAGAAAAAUUAGAAUUCAACGUUUCCGAGAACGUGUCCAAAUACAUACAAGCGGCUAAUAUACAUAUCGACAAGCUCGUCGAUAAUUUGGAUAUGGAUUCGUUCAAAUUCACCUCGUUUGGUAAAGAAUUCGUAAAAUCUCAAAAACUUAGCCCCGACAGUUUCUUACAAAUAGCCAUGCAGUACGCUUUUUACAGGAUUCACAAGGUCCCUGGGGCGCAUUACGAGUCUGCGGCGACUAGAAAAUAUAUUCACGGCAGGACUGAGACGAUUCGUUCUUGCUCCAUCGAAUCGAUUGCAUUCGCCAAAGCUAUGCUUGAUACUGGAAAAUCUGAUGCUGAGAGAGUGGCAGCACUGAAGGAGGCGAUAGCCUCUCACAAGAAAUACUCCAUCGAGGCCGUAAAUGGUUUCGGCGUCGACCGCCACUUCCUAGGCCUAAAACUGAUUGCCCUGGAAAACGGGUUGGAACUGCCCGAAAUCUACAGUGAUCCCUCCUUCACACGCAGCACCCACAUGCGCCUGUCCACCAGCCAGGUAGCCACCAAGUGUGACGGGUUCAUGUGCUACGCUCCCCUAACCGCCGACGGAUACGGUUGUUGCUACAAUCCCAGGCCGCACGAUAUAAAUUUCGGAGUGUCGGCUUUUGCCGAACAUCCAGAUACUUCUGCGAAACAGUUUCGCGAGGCCCUCGAGAGCAGCUUGUUGGACAUGCACAAUGUCCUCGCUAAAACGCAGAAGGCCAAACUGUGACACUUUCACACUCGGACACUGCUUGAGGACGUUUUUGGCAAUAACCUUGUUAUAGCUCGUUUAUUUUUAGAGUGUGGGGAUAGCAAUGUUGCAAAAAUAGCAUAGAGGUAAUUUAUAGCAAUGUUUCAAGUAUUUUCAAGUAUUUUCGUAUGUGAUUUCAAAAGGGGAAAAACACUGACACUAGUUUUGAUUGAGAUAUGAAUGAAAUUUGUAUUUUUUUCUUGCAGACAUAUUUAAGAGAUCGUGUUUUGUUAAUAAGGUAAGUAACGGUGAAAAAGAAUAGUUGUCUUAAUUAAUGCAUAGUAUAUUUAUAUAUUUCUGUAAUAUCAUGUAAGUUAAGAAUUAAUAAUUUUUUUAAAUGCUGCCACACAUCACUAUAGGGUAUAACUUUGAACUGGGGUCAUAUUUAUAGUUCUACUUCCAGUCCACAUACCAGUAUUACUUAACAGUUAAUAAAUCACGCAAAAAUUUUUAAUUUUUUAAGAACAUUUGACUUUUUUAUAUUUGGUCUGUUAAACAAUUCCUAUAGAAGCAAUCUAUUUUUACAAAAUUAUUUUCCAUUGCAGUUUCAUUCUCUGCCACUCCAUUAACUCCAUACAAACGACACUGAUAACCCACAUAUGCGCUAUCCAAAAAGUUUGCAGCAUAUGGGAAAAAAUUUUAUAUAUAAAUUCCUUCAAAUGUCAGCUGUCUCUGCAUAUCAUCAAAUCAAAAUAGCGCUCAUCGAACCUCAUAAAACAUUUGUUAUAUAUGAGGGGCAGACGAAAACUGCAAAUCGGCCCAAGAGUAAAGUAGCCUUAUUUUGAACCCUAAGGGAAAAUGUUACAAAGAAGUUAUUUCUCUCUAAAAGAUUAGCCUGAAUAUAAAGUGCCAGUUCAUUACGUUGAAAAAGCGAUUUCUGGCAUUUUGGCAACUUCCCUUGUACAAUAAUUUGAGCGAAAACAUCCAUAACUAAAGUCGCGUUUUUUUAGUAAGCUUCUACAAGAAAAACAUUGUAAUUCCUGAAAUCAGGAACUAAUAAGGUCGUUAUCAAAAAUGGUGUAAAAAAUAAGAACAAAUUUGGUGCAAAUUGUUCAAGAAUAAUAUAAAAAUUUAAGUAAAAUGGUAAACCUCGUAUACACCACUUUUUAAAUUUACAGUUACAGUUCAUUUGUUUAAAAAAUAUUAACCCUGGUAGCCAUAAGGUGGGAGUAAUUUUUAUUUUACAAAAUACAAAAAAAUUAAAAAAUAAGAAAUACAAAAAGAAAACUGAUAUAAGUAGCAAUCAACUUUUUGACUAUGGAAAACCCUACUUCUAGGUGAAACAUUACACAGCCCCACAAAAAAAAAAGUGUUCGGACUUGUGGGUCGGACAUAUAUAUUCCCAUGUAUUUUUCGACGCUGAAUCCGAUCCCGAGCUCAGAAAUGGCCCUCCA